UUCAAUCAAUUGCAAUGCCUUUUAUGUCGAUUGAUAACUGAAAUGAUAAAUACAAACUUUUCUGAUGAUUGCCUUUUUUUCAGAAGAAAGCUUUGCUUUCGAACAUGUAGUUUUUUCGCCAAAAAUUUCUGAUUUUUCGAAAUAAAAAUAGUCAUACAUAGAAACAGGGAAAAAUCCAUAAUCUUUAACGUAGAAUAACCAAUCUGCAAAUCACCGCACUGAACAUCAAGUAAUAAACAUGAUUGAAACCUUUACAAUGUGCACAAUUUCUAGAAAAAAAGUUAUCAUUGUCAAAUUUUAAAAUGUUGAUAACCAUUCGAUGUUUACCAAAACGAUUCACAUGAUGACCACCUCGUAUAUUGUUUCUUGUCACCCUUUUUAUUCAUGUUUGUAUAUCUAUGUAUCUAAAAUUUCAGGUUUUUCAGAAAUACUACAAAUAUAGAAGAAGCACUCAACCAAUUCAAAAUCUAUUUAAAAUUUUGAAAUUAACUAAUGUUUCCUGUAAUAUAGAUUAAUCUUAUAGGUGACCGGAAUGUAGCGACCACUACUCGUGUAACUACUGGUAGACCUACAGUAGGACCUUGGCAAAUCUGUCCAAAUCAACAAACCGUAUUCAAGGGGCAAGUCGGAGUAAUUUAUGAGAUGCUUCCAGCCUCCACUCAACAAAAUGCUAUCAACGCAUUUGUGGAGAAUGUGCUAUUGAAUUCAAACUUCUACGGAUUGGCUUUGGAUAUUCUAACCCAUGACAAUAGAACACUUGUCACUGCUAUUCCAUACCCAACAACUGACAAAUACAAUGUUCAAGGAUAUGGAAGUGCGAGAAGUGUAGAUGAAUUUAGAAAUCAAGUUAUUGCGUUCAAUGGAAUGAUUCAACCUAUUUCACAAUCCAGCAGUAUUUCAGAUGCACUUUUGUACGUUACGACCAGUCUGCCAGCUGGAGGUGUUAAGUCAUCACUUAUUAUCGUUGGAAAUAGCGCAGCGAUGAUUGACAAUAUCGCACCGAUAUUAACAAACCAGUUGCGAUCGGAUUUCGAUAUAUAUACAGUUGGUGUUGGCAGUGGCGCCGUUGAUUUGUCGCCUCUAUCUUCGGGAACUGGAUUCUCGUUUACUGGAGACACUCAACAAGUUGCUGACCAAAUUGGCCUUAAAAUGGCAUCUUCAAGCCCAUCUGUAUACUGUCCACCUCCUGUAACUACUGUUCGACCUACAGUAGGACCUUGUCAGUGUACCGGAAGAUGGGUUUAUAAUGGAGACUUGGCCAUCGCGUUUGAAAAUAUCAAGACUAAUGGAUCACAGAGCGUAGCAAAUUUCCUGAGCAAUACGCUAUUGAAGAAUCCAGAUUCAUAUGGUCUUACAAAUGAUGUCAAUGGAAACCAACCAUCGCAAUUAACUCUUAUCCCAUAUCCAGAUUCAAAUACAUAUCCAACUUAUCCAUAUGGAUGGAUCAGAUCGGUUAAUGAUAUUGGAAACUACAUUGAUGCAAUUUCUCCCCUUCCACUGGCCACCCCGGAUCCGCGAAUCUCAGAUGCUUUAACUUUUAUUAGUGCACAGCCAACAACUCUGAAUUCGAAAGUAGUCCUUCUCGUUGGAUCAAAUGGAACUAAUGUCAAUGCAGCAAUGGAUUCUGCAAAUCAGUUGAAGAAUGCAGGUUAUCUCGUUAUAACGGUUGCUCAGACAACUGCUGCCAGUGUCUUCCAACCGUUAGCUUCUGGAAGUCAGUUUGCUUUACACAUUGGGGAUGGAAAUGAUGAUGCUGUGGCUGCGCAGAUAGCAAGCAUGUUACUUGAUUAUAGUUUCACGUGCUUCGACGAUGGAUCUAGCACUCCUUCUCCUACUACACGAUGCCCCGGUACCCAAGGAACAACUCAACCAGGGUUUUCAACUACAACAAGCCUUUCUCCAUCUACCUCAAGCUCAUCACCAUUCAAUGGAAAAAUUGCUACAGUCUUUGAAUUGAAUGCAGUUCAACCUGAAAUUCAGAACAUCAUACAUUUCGUGAGAAAUAACUUGUACAACUCUACAAACUAUGACUUUGCCACUGUUUCCGAAGCCAUAAAUAUUCCAUAUGCUUUCACAGAUAAUUACAACUCAAACAUUUUGCAAUACGGCAUAGCAAAGCAAGAAGUUCAAGCAAUUUCACAAAAUUACUUAUUGGAUUUACAGGAGCUUGAUAGAUCUUCAGAGCAAUGUUGAUACUCUUUACAUUAACGCAUUUUCAAUGAGGGAUGCAACAAUUUCAGAUGGCCUCGUGUGGCUGAUCAAUAACUACCCAUAUGGAAUAAACACUAUUAUCAUUGUCGUCGGAUAUCAUGAUGAUGAAAACCCCGCAACGACUACAUUCAUUCUUGAAACUCUCAGAGCUCAGGGAUAUAAAGUUAUAACGGUAGCUGCUGGUGUAGGGCAUGGAGAUUUAUCUGGAAUUGCUGACAAACCAGAAUGGUAUUUCCAAGUCAAUGACUCAAAUGGACAAACUAUUGCUGAUGCGAUUUCAGAAGUUCUUUGCAGUUUGCAAUUUCUGUAAACAUUAAUAAAAAAAUAUGGUGUUUCUACUGUUUAACUUCUCACAGUUACAGUUUAAAUUUCUUUGAAGAAUUUGCAAUAUGUAAACUACAUAGAAAUUUAUGUGCACAUAAAGGAACACUUAACUGUUAAAAAUGUAUAAAAUGUAACAAUAUAUUCUUGAUCACUGUUUGUUGUGACUUCAAAAAUUGCAAUAAAUUUAUGGGAAAA